AUGUGCAACGGAUCUUCCACAAGAAUCUCGCAGGGAGGAGCCCUUGCUAUCCUGCGAUCCCCCGAGAGAGCGCCGGGGACCGACUACCGCGUCACCCUCCAGCAGACAGACGAUGUGGAGGGCCGUCUCACAGGGAACAUCCUGCUGCCGCAAGAGAACAGUAACAAUACAUCAUACCAAGACCUCAAGGCGUGCUGGCUGGAAAUACAUCGCGACGGCGAUCUAAUCCCGUCAUUAACCCGCGACUCAAUCCCUGCGCUGUACAGACUCGAAUUGAACAGCCUGGUGCGGCGCAAUGGCUCGCAGAGAGCAGCAUCCGCCACGCUGGACAGCGACCAGCCGAUCAGGCUGACCGUUGGCGAUGACGGCGUGAUCGGACGCAGAAUGUCGAUUGUCGACGGACGAAGCGGGAGCAAGAUCGCGGAGGGAGUCAUUGGAUGGAACUGA